UUUUAUUUUUAUAAUUUUAAUGGUCAGUCCUUUCUUUCUUCUUUGUUCAGAGAGGGAAGAGAGAGGAGGAGGAGAAGGAAGAGUGUGUUGUGUUGUGUUGUCUCUCUCUGAUACAUUUUCUUUUUUCCCAUCCAUUCAAUUUCAUUGAAACUAGCCGGACCCAUGUUUAUAUGAAGGAUGGAUUAUUUAACACAUUUCCCAGGGCUUAAAAAGAUGAUUUCUUGAUGUGGGGUUUCAUGGGGUGAACUCAAGGUAUCAUGGGUAGCUUCAGUGAUGAUGAAGGGGAAUGUCAAUUUUUCGAUGCCCCGGAUAGUAUUUCCCAGGGCUCUGAUUUGGGUUCUAACUUUACCCCAAUUCCUGAUUCUGGCUCUGGGGUUGUCAAUGGUGUUAGCUAUGAUGAGUGGAUUAAAACCCCCAGAAGUGUUGUUGAGCGGCGUAAGCAAUUCCGUUGUUGGAUGGGUUUAAGUUUAGAUGGAAUGUCUGGAGAAGAUCCAGUAGAUAUAGAUGGAAGCUCCAAUUUAUCUACUGGGGAAAUUGAAAGAAUUAUGGAGAGUAGUGGAGCGGUAUUACGAACCUCAAUUCAUAAGGACGAGUUUUCUUCUUACCGGUCUUCUAGGUCUGGUUUGUGUGGGGGCGAAGGUUUGGAUUCACCUAAACAGUUGGGUUCAUAUCGGAAUUUUUCAUUUAGAAGUGGCAAUGUUGAUAGUGGAAUUGGGUGCAAUGUACAUGUUCAGGCAGAGAACGGCCAGCAGAGCAAUAACAGGCCUGUAAGAUUGGAAUCACUGCUAAUGUCUCGUGAACCCGAGAACUCUUCAUGUAUGUCCCCCGUUAUUGGUGAACCUGGACAGGGAGAAUUGGAUAAAAAUGGAGACACACCGAAGAAACUAAAUGGAGUUAAGAGUCGGUUAUUAAGCAGGCUACGGUCAUUUACGUGCAUAGCAAAUGCCGAAGGGAGAUGUCUUGAAUUGAAGGAUAACAGUUCCAACCCUAUUCAGAGGUCUAGAGUUCAGAGGGUUAAAGUUCACCAUUGUAAGAAGCGGUUGAAGGAACUCUCUGCUCUUUUCAUGGGGCAGGAUAUCCAGGCUCAUGAGGGUUCAAUUUUAACUAUGAAAUUCAGUUUUGAUGGACAGUACCUCGCUAGUGCUGGUGAAGAUAAGAUUGUGCGGGUGUGGCAAGUGGUUGAAGAUGAGAGAUCCAAUGAAUUUGAUAUCCCAGAGUUGGAUCCUUCAUGUAUGUAUUUCACGGUGAAUCAUCUUUCUCAAUUGGCUCCUCUGGUGACAGAUAAAGAGAAAAGUAGUAGUAUGUUGAAGGGCCUUAAGAAAACAAGAGACUCUGCUUGUGUCGUUUUCCCUCCAAAGGUCUUUCGAAUUCUGGAAAAACCGCUGCAUGUGUUCCAAGGGCAUACUGGGGAGAUAUUGGAUCUCUCGUGGUCAAAAAAUAAUUGUUUGCUCUCAUCAUCAACUGACAAAACUGUUCGUCUGUGGCAAGUUGGAAAUGAUCUGUGCCUCAGAGUUUUUUCACAUAGUAAUUAUGUGACUUGCAUACAGUUUAACCCAGUGAACGAUGAAUACUUCAUCAGUGGAUCAAUAGAUGGGAAAAUUCGAAUUUGGGCUGUUAACAGCUGUCAAGUAUUGGAUUGGACGGACAUCAGAGACAUAGUGACUGCUGUUUCCUAUCGUCCUGAUGGAAAGGGUGGGAUUAUUGGCUCAAUGGCAGGCAGUUGCCGUUGUUUUAGUUUGGAAGGUCAUGAGAUACAAUUAGACGAGCAGAUGUGCUUGGCCAAUAAAAAGAAGUCGAUUUGCAAAAGGAUUACUGGCUUUCAGUUUUUUCCACAAGACCCAUCAAAAGUUAUGGUUACUUGUGCUGACUCUCACGUCAGAAUCCUAGAUGGUAUCAAUGUGAUCGGCAAGUACAAAGGUCUGCGAACUGCAGGAAACCAUCUCUCUGCCUCUUUCACCUUGGAUGGGAAGCAUAUUGUCUCAGCGUCUGAAGAUUCUAAUGUCUAUGUAUGGAACUGUGAUGUUCCCAAAGAUUAUGUGUCUCAACCUAAAGUGGUGAGGUCAUCUGAGUUCUUCUCCAGUGAUUCCACCAUUGCAAUACCCUGGUCCGGCUUGAAAACUGUAAAUCCAGAUAAUGGACGGCAUUGUGGAGGAGGACUAAGUCAAACUUCAAACAACAUAUUACCCUUCAUUUCCUCUCCUUAUCUUUCUUUGGGCAGUGAGUUGUUCCUUGAGGCAAUUCCAAAAGGAUCAGCAACCUGGCCUGAAGAGAAGCUUCCCAUAUCAAGUCCCCGGUCAACGUCUUCUGGGAUGUGCAAAUCUGAAUACAAAUUUCUGAAAAGUUCUUGCCAGAGUUCAUCCAAUUCUAAUGCCUGGGGUUUAGUUAUUGUUACUGCUGGCUACGAUGGGCGAAUACGAUCAUUUCAUAAUUAUGGGUUGCCUUUGCCACUUUGAGUAGUAGGUACUAGAGGGUUAAUUUAUGUUGUGGGCCGCCCUUUUAAGAACAAUCUUGUUCAUCCGGGCUUCAAUGGAAAGAUACAACAAUGUGUGUGUGCCGUGCCGUGCCUUGCCACUAAUUGAUAAAUAUCCUCUGGUAUAUCUAUCUCGGCUUUGUUCUGGAGAAAUCCAGUAAUUCUAACUUAUUGGAGAUGGAUAUCUGCUGGCCAAUGGUGGGAUAUAUAGUUGCACAAGUAGAGAUUGUUUUAUACUUGCACAGUUCAUGCUGGUUGUUGGCUCAUCAGAAUGAUUGAACUAUUUUAUCUGCUAUUUGCUUCAAUGAAGACGGAGAUUGACCACAUGACCACUAGUGAGAAGGCUAGGUGGGCAGCUCUUGGUGCACUGCUUUUUUAGCUGCGGAAUUGUACAUGAAUCUGAGUUUACUACAAAUGUGAUAAUACUUCCAGGCAAGUGCUCUCUCUAGCAAGUGUUUUUUCUGAUAAAAGAAAUGGGAGUUAAGAGGGGUAUGCCGGUGUGACUCGGGAUUACACUAACAUAUAGAUGUCAUUUCCAAUUUAUAGCUUUAAAAGAUAGAUUUAGUUGUUUCAAUCUUUGAAAAAGGAAAAAAAAGGUUAGAUUUAGUGGUGUCAUGGUGUUGAUGAUGAAUCAACGUGUAUGAAAUUUGACUUAUCACAUCAAUUGUUAGUUCUGUACAGUAGUAGUUGUAGUUAGUGUAUAUGCUUUGUAUAUGCAUUGAGUUUAUAAGGGCUCUCCUACAAAGUAAAAAUUACACACCCAAUUGAACCUUGUGUUGAGGUUCAUCAAUUUUUGUAUCCAAUCUUGUCGUUGAUGUUCUUGAAAU